AUGCGCAAAGUAACCCCUGUCCUGUGUUGAUAGUUUGGCUGUUGGGCAGGUGAAGGUGAAAGCCAUCCAAGUGUGCGAAAAGCCGAAAGUGAACCUUGCAUCACGAUUAUGUCAUCUUGUGGACUUUUUACUGCGCAUACACAGCUGUGCAGACGGCUGGUAACUUCGCGCCAAUGUCUAUCAAGAACCUACUCAUCAAAUCCAGCUCUGAAUGAAGUUGUCAUCGUCAGUGCUGCGCGAACUCCUAUGGGGUCUUUCAGAGGAAGCCUCUCAUCUGUUCCAGCUACUAAAUUAGGUUCAGUUGCAAUCAAAGCGGCCGUUGAGCAAGCAGGUAUCCCUGUGGAUGCGGUUAAAGAGGUAUACAUGGGAAAUGUACUCCAGGCAGGUGAAGGGCAAGCACCGACAAGACAAGCUCUCCUUGGUGCAGGUUUGCCCAUUUCCACACCAGCUACAACAAUUAAUAAAGUUUGUGCCUCUGGCAUGAAGUCCAUUAUGAUGGCAGCACAAAGUUUGAUGUGUGGACACCAGGAUGUUAUGGUGGCAGGAGGUAUGGAAAGCAUGUCCUGUGUACCAUAUGUAAUGAACCGACAGACACCUGCCUAUGGUGGAUUACAUGUGGAGGACCUCAUUGUGAAAGAUGGUCUCACGGACGUCUAUAAUAAGUUUCACAUGGGAAAUUGUGCAGAAAACACGGCCAAAAACUGCAGCAUUUCAAGGGAAGAGCAGGAUGCCUAUGCCAUCAAGUCAUACAGCCAAAGCAAAGCUGCAUGGGAGUCAGGGGUUUUUGCUAAGGAGAUUGUUCCUGUUAGCAUUCCUCAAAGAGGCAAGCCUGACAUUAUUGUAAAGGAAGAUGAAGAAUGGCGAAGAGUCGACUUCAGCAAAGUUCCCAAACUGAAAGCGGUAUUUCAGCGAGAAAAUGGUACAGUGACAGCUGCAAAUGCCAGCACUUUGAAUGAUGGUGCUGCUGCUUUGGUUUUGAUGACUGCAGAUGCUGCGAAAAAGCUAAAUGUCAAUCCACUCGCCAGGAUUGUUGCUUUUGCUGAUGCUGCAACUAAUCCGAUUGAUUUCCCGAUCGCUCCAGCUUUUGCGGUCCCUAAAGUUCUUGAGAUGAGUGGUGUGAAGAAAGAUGAUAUUGCAAUGUGGGAGAUAAAUGAAGCCUUCAGUGUUGUGGUUUUGGCCAACAUCAAAAUGCUUGAUAUUGACCCAAAUAAGGUUAAUGUCAAUGGAGGAGCAGUGUCACUUGGUCAUCCAAUUGGCAUGUCUGGAACUAGAAUUGUGGGCCACAUGGUGCACAGUCUCCAGUCAGGGCAGUACGGACUCGCAGGGAUCUGUAAUGGAGGUGGUGGUGCAUCUGCUAUCCUUAUUCAGAAAUGCUAGCAUGUGUGCUGUCUUAUGGUCCUUCUGGUAAGAUUGCAGCCUUGAUGCUUGCUGUGUACAUGUUACUAAACAGCAUCACAAAGAUACCUUAACAGUGAAAGCCUUAUGACUGUUUCAUUGAAACCGGUCACUUUUGAAAUAUCACUCCCAUUUGCUGACUUUUUACUCCAUGUUGUAUAAAUUAACUGCCAUAGGAAUACUGUCAGGAAUCUAUAGUCAGUUACUAUGUAUUGCAUUUACUUCCUUUGAUAGUGAAAUUAUUGAAAGAUUACUGUACUAAUCCUUGAACUGUAACACAACAUAUCUGGAAAUUGGAAUCAGUGAAGGAAUCAGUGAAGACAUAGGAAUGGGAGGCUACACUUGUGUUCAUCUGUACUAAAGGAAAGUGUUUGUAAUACAAAUUGUACACUCCUGAGGGAAUAUUGUGAAUGUAGAGCAAAGCUGAUCCCCUGUAGUUUUGGCCUUUUUGUUUCCUUUGUUGACAGGUUUGCACUGUACAGGAUAUAAGCUCAAACACUCAUUUUCUUUAGUUUCAAAAUAAAUCUGAGGUGUUUGUUAAA